AUGAGUGCAACUCAAAAUCUUUCCUUGGAGGCUGGGGGCACUCGCAUUCCUCUUCAGGCUCGUAGUAUACUAAAGAAGUCAGUGAUUUCUACCCCUUCUAUACACCGUAGGGUAGAAACAAAGAGUCCAGCACCAGUGAUAACUACGAAUGUCCGUGAUAACCCGCGCAACGUUUAUAAUAGGAAUGAUAAACCCAUAUUGGAACCUACAAGAAGAAUCUUUCCGUUGGGUCCUGGCUGUAGUAUUCGAGAAUCUAACACCUCAAGGUUAGAAAAGGUGGGGGAUAGUAAUAACAGAAAUACUAUCAACGAUAACAAUAUCAAUAUUAACAACAUCAAGAGGAACAAAGGUAAUAUUGGUGGUUCCAAUGACGUCAAUGAACAGAAUAGCACUAAGAAAGAAUCUAAAGGCGAAAGAAACCAAAUAUCUCCACAUCCAUCUGUACAACAACCAUCAAUAUCUAUGGAAGAUUCUCCAAACAGGUCUGAGAGUACCACAGGACUGGUUUCUUUGAUGUCUCGUCGAUCGUCUUCAUCCUUACUGAUGGCAAUGGAUGAGUGGCACGCUCAGCCACCGCCCAGACCUCGACGUCCUCAAGCACCUAAGGAAGAUUCCUACCGAAUACCAGCACAGUUUCUUUCCCUACGGGUUAGACGUCGUGCUGCUAUUGUUCUCAGUCGUUGGUGGCGUUCUAGGGGGGAUCGUGAGCGGGCACGACUUCUUCGUGCUGUCGAACUUGUUCAACGAGUAGGACGUCGUUACUUGGUUGUAUUGAGAUUAAGAAGAAGAAAUACUAUUCGUAAAGAUCAGGGCGCAUCCUUCGCGCGUAGCAUAAUGUUACGUGGUGGAGUUUCUGCACUUUUAAAUUCCGUAUUGGGUGCGAGUAUCGAUCGUUUACCUGAUGAAGGCUGGGUUCUACCAUGUGAUGAUGUGGAUGAUUUGCUUAAUCUAAGUCGCUCCGCUCCUUUAAAAUCACGCAUGAACGCUUCUAGGUCUUGCAUAAAAAGCCACAGUUUGGCCCCUCGCGCCUUUGCGAAAAGUGUUCGUAGUACUCGCAUUGUGAACUUUGAUCUUGGUGACGCCCCUGCCGCCGUAUCCCGUGCUGCACUUGGGACCUUGUAUGAUUCCUCCAUCGCGGAUGUUACUCCCCUCAUCCCAGCUGAUCAGGAUAUAAUACCAGAAAUGCCCAUGCUGGUCUCGCAUGAACGCAUCAUCAAGAAACCUCUACCGCCGCGACGACUUUCACUUAUUUCAUACACAGAAGAAGCUGUAAAGGAAGAGAGAAAACGCAAUGAAGCAGUGUGCUGUAUGCUCAAUGGAUGCACGGCACUAGAGCCGCUGUCUGUAAAGGUGGCACGCGUGUCAGGCUCCGUUAAUGUCGCGGAUUUGGGUCCAUGGCGAAGAGAUAAGGCACAGAGAAGUACUGUCGCACGUUUAUGUUGUAGAGUGUCACCAGUGUGA